CACUUGCAACAAAGUACUGCAGACAUAACUCCCAACAGUACAACGCGUAUGCUGCGUGUUGCAUUAGUGUGUGGCUUUUUAAAUACCAUCGUUUGUUUGUCACCAGAUUUAGAAAAAAAAGAAGAAGCUGUUUAUCAAUGUUAAUUCUCAGUCUCAGGAGCGCACAUCGAAGGAGGCUUGCCGUUGUCGGUCUGAUCUUAUUGGCAGUAAUGAUUUACAGAAGGUUUAACUGGCAUGGCAUGGAGCCUGGCACCCUGAGGAGCAGGAUGGUGGGGCUGCAGGCGAACUCGCCCGAGUUUCAGCUGGAGGGAGAAGUGUUCCGAAUCCUGGGCGGAUCCAUUCACUACUUCCGUGUGCCACGGGAAUACUGGAAGGACCGUCUGCUGAAGAUGAAGGCUUGUGGACUCAACACGCUGACCACAUAUGUGCCGUGGAAUCUGCAUGAACCAGAAAGGGGAACCUUCAAUUUCAAAGGCAACCUGGAUUUAGAGGCCUAUAUUAAGCUGGCUGGCGAGCUGGGUCUGUGGGUGAUUCUUCGGCCAGGACCCUACAUUUGUGCAGAAUGGGACCUGGGUGGGCUGCCCAGCUGGCUCUUCCGAGAUCCAGCCAUGCAGCUGAGAUCUACCUACGAGGGGUUUACCCAGGCUGUGGAUGCUUUCUUCAGCCAGCUUCUCCCAAGAGUCGUCCCUCUACAGUACAAGAAAGGCGGUCCAAUCAUAGCAGUGCAAGUGGAGAAUGAAUACGGUUCCUUCGCUGUGGACACCGAGUACAUGUCCUACAUAAAAGAGGCCCUGCUGUCCGGAGGGAUAGAGGAGCUACUGAUGACCUCGGACAACGUGGACGGCUUGAAGAAAGGGAACGUCGAAGGAGCCCUGGCAACCAUCAACCUGCAGAAACUGAGGGAUCUGCAUCUCAGUCACCUGGACUCCUCCCAGCCCGAGAAGCCCAAGAUGAUUAUGGAGUUUUGGAGCGGGUGGUUUGACACUUGGGGUGACCUUCAUCAUGUCUUCACCGCGGAAGACAUGGCAAACGUUGUCACAGAGAUUCUCCAGAAGGGCCUGUCUAUCAACCUGUAUAUGUUCCAUGGGGGCACCAACUUCGGUUUCAUGAACGGGGCGUUGGAAAUGCAUUCCUACAAGGCUGACGUCACCAGCUAUGAUUACGAUGCCCCCUUAUCAGAGUCUGGGGAUUAUACUGUGAAGUACCUCCUUCUCAGGGAGGUUUUCAGCAAGUACCACGGGGAAAGUCUUCCGGAUUUGCCUGCCUUAUUUCCAAAGAUGUCCUAUGAUGCCUGCACUGUGUAUCAAUACAUACCCCUGUGGGAAGCUCUACAGUUGACCGGCGAGCCGUUCAAGUCGGAGAGCCCUGUAAACAUGGAGAACCUGCCUGUCAAUAACGGGAACGGGCAGUCGUACGGGUACACGCUGUAUGAGACCACCAUCCCCAGCGGUGGCACGCUUCACUCCAAUGACAAGGUUCGCGACAGAGCCCUGGUGUUUGUCGAUUCAAGCUUUAUCGGGUUUUUGAAGUAUAAGCACGUGGAGCUGGCUGUUCCGGAUGGGAAGGGUAACCGAAAGCUGAGUUUGCUUGUGGAAAACUGUGGGAGAGUGAACUAUGGCAAAGCACUGAACAACCAGCGGAAAGGUCUGAUUGGUGACAUUCUUCUCAAUGGAACUCCUUUAAAAAACUUUAUCAUAUACAGCUUGGAUAUGAAACCAAGCUUCUUGGAGCGACUGUACUCCCACUGGAAGGUUGUUCCGGACAAGCCCGCUGUCCCGGGGUUCUUCCGAGGAAUGAUGUUCGUGGACGGUUAUCCCAGAGACACGUUUGUAAAACUGCCGGGUUGGUCUAAAGGAGUGGUGUUCAUAAAUGGGCAGAAUCUUGGAAGGUACUGGUCCAUCGGUCCACAGCAGACCCUCUAUCUGCCAGCACCCUGGCUUCACACUGGCAUCAAUGAGGUUAUUGUCUUUGAAGAACAAGAAGCGGAGAAAACAAUUCAUUUCGAAGGCGCUCCUGAUCUGGGCAUGGCCGUCGAUGUAGAGUGAAGAGGAAUUCAUUCCAUGUCGGGUCUUUGUUGAGCUUCACGGCUUUGUGAAGCGCAUUUAGAAAUGCCUAAAAUGAGAGAGAACAGUAACGAGGUAUUUGACACUGUGAAGACAGAUCCCCUAAACUGCUCUUCAUUUAUAGAAAUCGUCCUGAUUUGUAUGCCAGUGUAAAGUGGCAGGGACAGUAAAUGGGGCGCAUGAGGGCUUUAUAUAAGAAAUGCACUAACUCCUCCCAAACCGUAACAUUACAGAAGGACACUAAGAGAACUAAUUGAACAGUUUUAAUGUACUUUAAUGAAAAGGAAAGAAAGGACCGAGAUCUACAGCGAUGGCCAAAGCUUCUGCAUUUCCCUAUAGUAUUGCCAACUGUUGCUUCAUAAAGCUUAGAACGAAUCCUGCUGAAUAACGUUACCUUACUGCACACCGCUUUGCAGUUUUCCACAUAUGUAAUGAAAAACUGACAGCAAUUGAAAAAUGUGACGUUUCGAAAUCUAGCAUGAAAUACUGCACCACUGUGACGGUUUCCGGUAGACUCUUGCGAUAUCAUUUUGUAGUUUUUUCGAUUACACGAUGUUAAAUGAAAGAUCUAAAUUAUUUUCAUAUAGUUUAUUUUUUAUUGUGUCCUAAUCCCGAAAUUGUAGGCGUUGCAAAACUUUUGGCCAGAGCUGUAGAGCCUGCAGUGUUGAAAAAGUUAAAAACUCAAGUUAAACGUGCAAGCAUUUUAAUAAAUGGUGCUAUGACUUAACUGUACAAGUGGAGAGUACUAAACCACUUGUAUACUAUUGAUGACCAGAUGAGCCCCAGGUUAGAAGCUGUCAGUUUUGUUGGACUACAAUUAAAGAGUGACUUGAGA